AUGAGGUCGCUUUCGCAAUCAUUUUUAGGAUCAUUCCUGUUGGCUUCUCUUUUGCUAGCUACUAUCACGGAUGCCCGUCGCGUCAGAGGCGACGGCUCAGCCAAGGUCAACGGGUACUAUCCCACUUACAAUUCCGAUGCCCAAUCCCCUGCACAGAUAGAUUGGGCUGCAUACACGGAUGUCCUUUUUUUUCCGAUUAUCCCGGAGAAAGAUGGCUCCUUGUCCUUUGACCCUGCCCUCAGUAAACAGCAAGCAUCGGAUCUGGUGAAGGGCUUCGUCGAAGAAGCUCAGAAACACAAGGUGAAUCCUGUCUUCAGCGUCGGUGGUUGGACCGCCUCACAGCAGUUUUCGAACUUGGCCGCGACUGCAGCCUCUCGCCACCAUUUUGCGCAAUCCCUCGUCAAUUUUGCCAAGCAACAUCGCUUCACUGGGCUUGACUUGGACUGGGAAUGUGAGCUUUCCGCAGCUGUCAGCUUAAACGGUUUCAAUGGCGCCACUGGGUUGGUUGCCACGGCGGAGGAGACUGCUCUCCUAGCAAAAAACUUAGACUACAUCAACCUCAUGGCGUACGAUGUUUACGGCCUCUGGUCUAAAACCAGCGGCCCAAUCGCUCCACUUGAUGCCACAUGUGCCGAUGAAGACUCAGCUCAAUCCGUCAAAACCGGCUUUCAGAUUGCACUCAAACAAGGCUUCAAGGCAUCUCAGGUCCUCUUGGGUAUCCCGGGGUAUGCCAAGCGUUUCCAGCUGACUUCAUCGAAGCUGGUACCUAAGAUUGUUGGUGGCAACAAAGCCUCGUUCUACUACCAGCAAAAAACCGCGACCAUGCCUCCCGGAGGCGCUUUCGACGACAAGGCAGGCAAAAACAUCUGUGGCGUAUUCGAAGGUGCGGGUGGGUCGUACCUUGUAAAUGAACUUAUCAGCAAUGGAUAUUUGGCCCAGGACCAAAGUCGUGGUCUCGGGGGAUACAGGCGACACUUUGACAAUUGCAGUGGCCAGCCCUUCCUCGUCAGCAAGAAAUACCUGAUCUCGUACGACGAUAAAGCUAGCACCGUCCUUAAGGCUAAAUUUGCCAAGAAAAACAAGAUGGGCGGGAUCUACUUCUUCGAUACCAUGGGCCCAGCAAAGGAGACUGUUAGAGAGGCUCGAAAGGUUUUCUCGAACUGA